AGAAAACAUCCACCAGCUCAGCUCAGUGAGUCCACCUCUGUUUACCUGCUCUGCUGCUAACCUUAAUACCAGUCUCAAUAAGCUAGGCGCACUGACGCGCAGGGUUUGAAUAAACCUGACUGUUUCUUUUCACAUAUAGCCCACAUUAUCACUAGUUAAGCAAUAAUAUCCAUCCAGCUUUAUAAAACAUGCCUAUGGUCGGAGGUCAGAAGUUUCUGGAAAUGUGAUUCCAUGACGCGCAACUGUUUGACGCAUCAUAACGUCGUUAGCUCGCUGCUAAACAGGCCGUCAUCAAUGAAACACAACACUCACUUCAACCAUAACAACAGCAACAGACGUUAAAAUGCACCUGAUACAAGGUGUUACAUAUUCGCACCUGUAAACUGUGACAAUAACUCGCAGAACAAGGUUGUAAAUUUAUCCUUCUCUUCACCACACUGCUUCACGUAGAGCUGCGUCGAUUCUGUGUUUUCAUUCAGGCAGUUUGUAGACAGACCCACAGAGAGUGGUGUCGUUGUGCCCUGGGUACAGACUGCCUGGCAAGAUGUGGGUAGGGCAUAAAGCAAAUUUAUGUGCAGAUUAAAAAUGGAGUAAGGAUAUGGAGAGAUAUAAGUAAAAAUGAGAGCUACACAAAAGCAUAAAAAAAUCAGAACCAAAUAUUAAAAAAAAAAAUGCAAAACCAUCUGCUAAAGUAUAAAAUAGCACAGAGUUGGGGGAAAAUUUAAAAGAAAGAAAAAAACAAAAAAUAUUUUGUUUAUCAGUUGAAAAUUCUGGAAACAUUUUUUUAAACAUCAAAAAUAAAUCAAAACCAACGGUAUAUUUUCUCCCCGUGAAAAAACGCAAAAAUUGGUUAAAAAUAAAAUAUUUUGUGAGAUGGAAAAACCUUGAAAAAAUAUUCGAAAUUACAAAACAUUAGAGAAUCAUAUAAACGUUCAAUUAAACACAAGAGUUUUCAUAACUUGAGAACGUUUGUUAACAACAAACACCAGAAUAGAAUCGGAAUCAGAAUAUCCUUUACUGUCAUCAUACUCAAAGUACAACGAGAUUGGAGAGCUUCUCUUUUUCCAGUGCAAUAGACAAGUAAAAAUAAGGUCGUAAAAGUACAAAUAGUCGCAAGAAAGAAGGAAAAAACUUAAGGUAGGGCAAGCGUCUCCCCCUGACAAGCAAAUUCUAGGGCAAAUUUUACUCUUGUGAGAGUGGUCCGGCAGACAAACAUGGGGGCAGUUAGCUAACGAAGCUUAAUGUCAACCUCUGUAAAAUCAACAGUUUUACAAUAAGACUUGAAUGUUUAUGAGUGAAACUCAUACUGUAAGGUGUGUCUGUAAAUACACAGUGUUACUCGGUUUGUUUCUCCUGACUGUCCCUCAGAUGUCACAGGAAAACAUGCUGUGACACUUGUUCAGUGUCAUCCAGCUACAGCAAUGUUGCCUUCAACCAGCACCCUGGUCAGGUCUGCUGUCAGGCUGCUGCCAAGGGGGACCUGGGGUCGAAUUGAGACCAGUUUGGUGAACUCAGGUGACACUUGAAUGACACCGGUUGCACUUCUUUGGCUUUUCUAUAGACUUUUUCACCACUAUAAAGAUGAAGUUGAUUCGGUUUAUUUUAUUGUAAGUUAAAAGUUGUUAUAUAGAUCAGAUUUAAAAUGUCCAGCUUUGGAUUCGUGCUCUAUAAUUAAGCGUUUGACUGCAGAUAAAACUGACUGUUAUGUUAAAGCAAAUACACGUAACAAAAUGUUUCAUCUGUGUUUUUCUUUUAGCAGGAUGUGUCCAGUGUCCAUGCAGAAACAUUUCUGUGAAACCAGGGGGUUUGAAACCAAAGACAGUUCCACCUCGGUACCUGGGUCAGCCCAGCCCUUUCACUCACCCACACCUUGUAAAACAAGGUGAGUCUUUGCAGUAAUCCAGUCCUGGCUUCACACAUUUAAGGAAAAAAAAAAAACAGCAGUUUCUGUAUUUACUAUCAACAUCAGGAGCUAAAAGCAAAUUAAAGUUACUCAACAGAGAAAAAUUACACACCUGUCCUCUUUUCCUCAGGUGAAGUGACCCCAGGUCUGAGCCAAACAGAGUUCGAGCUGCGGAGACACAGACUAGCCUCGCUCAUCGAGGCACAGGCUGACCGUCUGGAACCCUCUGCCUCCAACAGUACCCAUGUGGUUAUUGUAUUAUCCCACCCAACCCGCUACAUGACCAAUGACAUCCCUUACCACUUCCACCAAAACCAGGUUUGUGUUUCUUUCACAGUUUGAACCAACUAAUUCACAUCAAGUUUAUGGGAAUGUAAGAUAGAUAGGUUCAUUCAAUGCAGGGUGAGGCGAUUUAACGGUUAUCUACAGAGUUCAUUUUCUGUUAUAAAGACUGAGCUGAAGCUAAAUGUCCCCUCAGGAUUUUCUCUACCUCAGUGGCUUUCUGGAGCCUGACAGUGCCUUGGUUCUUUACGGCGAAAGGCGACCGGACCAGGCCAUCUUGUUCACCCCCCGCAGAGACCCAGGAAGGGAGUUGUGGGAUGGACCCCGGUCAGGGAAGGAUGGAGCAGCUGCGCUAACUGGCAUAGAGAGAGUUCACUGCACUGAAGAGUUAGGUGUUGUGCUGAAGAGCCUUAAAGGUGGGUGCAGGACAUCUCUUCAAAGCACUAAAGGAGAUUCUUUUGGUGCUAUUAGAAAAUACAGUCAAAACAAAGUCAGAUAUCAAAUUUUGUAAAUUGAGGUAAAAUGAAAAAAAAUAUGAAUAAAUAUAAGAAUAAAUCACAAACUGAUUCUCUUUAUAAAAUGAUGAAUCUGUUUCUUCACUGUCAUUUAAAAGGAUAAUGGAUAAAGUCAGAAAAAAAGGGAAAGACUGUGAGGAAAUAUAGUUUGUAGCAGAAAGAGCAGGGGUGAAAAAGGUGACAGAUGGGAUUUGUACGGGAGACUGGGGGCAGUUCUAACCAAACAGCAACCUCCAGUCUUGAAAAAUGAAGCUGAUGCAGAAGUGCUGAAAACUGAAGUUCUGAGUGGCCACACUGGGCCAAAAAUGCCUGCCUUUAGAGCAAAACUUCACAUGUUUACAGCCUGGUUCAAAACAAAACAGUUUUGGUCUGAGAAGUUCUGGGCUCUCAUGGCACUCACAACUCAGGAAGAAUUUUUUUGUAAGGUUUUUUAAGUUAUUUUAUUUGUAUGAUCAGCAACACCACUGCACUCUUACAACACUAAGCACAUACUCAUUUGGGGCCUUCCUCCGCCUGCAUAAAAGAAGUAGGAUCAGUUCACCACAGCAACAUUUUUAAGCCAAAAACUGAUUGUAAUGGAGCACAGAUAUAUUUACAGUGUAGACAUGCCCCACAUUUGCAGAAAACCCAGGUUUGAUUCCCUGUGGCCCCUGGAUGUCUUUCAGGCACUAUGUUGUGGUAUGACAGCUCUCAGCCUGUCCAUCCUCGGCUCCAUCAGACUCAUGUGGCUCCUGUCCUUGAGGCAGGGCCGAUGCCACGCUCCAUCCGGCCCCUCAUCCACUCUCUGCGGGCCCUUAAGAGCUCUGCAGAGGUGGCACUCAUGCAAGCCGCAGGUCACAUCACAGCACAGGUAAGUGUGGAAUUACUUAUGAGUGCCAAUACCAUAUUUUUAACAACUACUGAUAAUUGUCCAUAAACAGGGCCAUAUUUUCAUUGUUUUGAAUUUUCUGUACCUCCUCUCACAACAUGGACAAGUUUUUUCUUUUCCAGAAAGUUCCAACUCAUAGUCUGUGUCUCUCAGGCUUUCAGGAGGACAAUGGCUUUUUCUAGAGGAGAAGUGGACGAGGCUGUGCUCUUUGCCAAGGUAGCGUAUGUGUGCCUCUGCUCUGACCAAUAACAGCGUUUUUUACAGACGCCUUUCAUGGCUUUUAAGGCCAUUUUUCCCCCUUACAUCUUUAUAACAUACUUUUCUUUUGUGUAAAUAGAGUAUGUACAAUCAGUCCUUUAAACUUAACUAGUUUGUAUGAGUCAUUUAACCUUAUUUACUCAGAUAUCUGCAGUAUGUAGUUUUACAAUCAAAGGGUGUCACUCAUUUCUGUAACCAAUAAGAUGUUAUUAUGGGGUUGGACCCCUUCGUGGAAGAAAUUGUCUCUGUAAUUCACACUUCAACAAGAAAUUGACAAAAGUUUGUGGGAUAAAACAAAACCUCCAUGGGAGAAAGAUUUGGAAAGAGGUGUGGCAGACCAGCUCAACCUGUUUACACACUUCUGCAGUGUGUAUACAGCAUGAGUUGAUUCGGCUUAAGAUACUUCACCCUGUUGGCUGCUUAAGGGACAAAAUCUUUUUCCAUUCCAAACCUUACGCUCAGGAUGCAUUUAUACUCCAGUAGGACAUAAUUUGUGGACAUGCCUCUCAUUUAGCAGUUAUUGGGGACAUAUUUUUGAUAUAUUUCCUCAUGUUUUAAAAACAAACUAUAACUCCUGUUUGGCACUAGUCCAUUUUGGAAAUACUAUCCAAGGAUUAUAAGUGUUGACUUUUAUGUCUGCUUUGACGUUUGACAUUUUUUAAUGGCAGACUUACUCUUUAUAACUGGGUGUCUUUUUGCCUUUGUACUGAAACUACAGCUCCAGUACUAAUACGAGCAUAAACGUUGCUCUUUUACAAACUUCAUUGAAGGCUACAUUACUUAAAAAAGUCAACACAAGAAAUAUUGUUAAGUAGACCCUGUCUGGAGUCUGGGGGUACAGUUACAUGGUGCAGUUUUAGCCUACAUUUGUGGAUGCAGCAACAGACUAUGCUCCCAUAAUUUUGUGAAUUUGAGCAGUGACCUCUACUACAGAGUCAUGUCUGGUUUUCCUUGCAAUGCAGUCAGAGGCCCCUAAGGUCAUGACCAUUCAGCACUGGUUUUCAGCUGUAUUGCCUGUGCAAAAAAAUCAAUCCAGAUUAUUGAAAUCUUUUAAUGAUUAUAUGUUCCUAUAUUCUUUGUGCUGAGGAACAUUAUUCUGAAACAGCUGAACUUAAUCCUCACUCAGUAUCUCACAGAGCAGUGAACCUAUUCUCAUCUUUACUUCCAGGAGAUUCUACCUCUUAAGGGUGCCCCUUUCUCUUAUUUCAUAAGCUAUGUCAAAUUAAAAAGCGGGUUUCAAGGAAAUGACAUGAAGCUCAGAGCUCUGUUUCACGCUGAUUCCCUUUUUUGACCAGUUUGAUUUUGAGAAUCGGAUCCAUGGGGCCAACUUCCUGGCCUAUCCACCCGUUGUUGCAGGAGGGAAUCGAGCUAAUACUCUGCACUACAUCAACAACAACCAGAUUAUCAAGGUAAAGAGGACUUUCAGUACCUUAUAGGUUGGUUUGUUCCUCUGCCACUGUUUGCCCUGAAGGUCCACACAUCUGCGGUGAAAAUUAUACACUACAAUCUUUGUGUUUAGAUGAUUGAGAGUGAUUUUCAUAAGAACUUCAUUCUCUUUUCCCCUGUUUCUGCCACAUCAGGAUGGGGAAAUGGUGCUGCUCGAUGGUGGUUGUGAAUACUUCGGUUAUGUCAGUGACAUCACUCGAACAUGGCCGGUGAAUGGAAAGUAAGUUGGAAAAGACCUUGAGAUGUAAAUAUGGAGAGACAGUAGUAGCAUGCUACAACUUUUUGUCUUUGUUGGCCAAGAUAAAGAACACCAUGUAUCUCUCUAGUCCAUCUUUGGUUUGCAUUUAAAAUCAGUUUGUUUGGAACCUUUGGGGUGACUUGAACAGAACAGUCUUUAUUUUGUCAAUUUAUUUGUUUCUCACUAACAAACAAAAAGAAAGCUAACCGUUUUUUACUGCCCCCAGGUUCAGCCCCGCUCAGGCUGAGCUGUACGAAGCUGUGCUGGAGGUGCAGCGCUCCUGUUUGUCUCUGUGUUCCCCAGGCGUCAGCCUGGACCACAUUUACAGCACCAUGCUGGCUCUGUUAGGACGACAGAUCAGACGGCUUGGGAUCGUCAAGGCCAGCACCAGUGACGUGGACAUACUCAAGGUAAUAGUCAUAAUAACUGCUGAAUAGAUUAUAAAUGGUAGAUCAUAUGUGGGCACUGUUGCAAAUGAAAAUGUCAUUUUUAAAACAGCAACUCCUAGCUUUGGAAAUCCAAGUUUUGAUGCAACUAAUAAGAUUUAUCAAGACUCACUUUUGACCAUUUUAGAAAUAAUCUGCAUUCAGACCUGCAGCAAUGUAACUACAGGAGCCAUUUGCAGUUAUGUACGAAAAACCAUACCCUCUUCUUGAGCAUCCACGUCCUCCAACAGUAACGUGGUUUUGCUUAAUGGCAUGGUUGACAAUCUUGGAAGCAGUUGAAAAAAACUGAGCCGUUUAGGCAGAUUUUAAAAAAGAGUCUCACCCCCCCACACACAAACCCCUCCCCUCUGUGCUCCACAAUAACUCCCCCCUGAACCUGUAUCGCCCUCCCCACGACACACCCCCUCUGGCAGAGCAAGAAGCCGGCCGGCAGAUGAUCCUACGCUAGCUUCAAAUAGGAUUCACUAUGUCGGAUUGCAAAGUGACUAGCGGCAGUAAACGCACCAUCUGCAGUUGCCUGGACAGCUACCGUGUUGACAUUGCAGAAAAUAAUAGGCGUUAUUUAUGUAUAUAAAAUGUAAAAAUUACCUGUUCAACAAAAACUCUGCUGUCUCAGUGUCUGUUUUCAAGCCCAAAUCCUCGUGGAGCUUUCUUCACCGCUUAAAGGAUGACCCGAUGUUUAUUCAAGUUAGAUUCCUCUCUUGGUCACAUUUCCUCUUCAACUCUGCCCUUUCUUCUGUCGGCUUGCGUUUUCAUAGCACUUUUGGCGGUGGGGCAAGCAGAAGUGUUUUUUCUGGGGCGUCCUUCUCCAUCACAGCUCCUGUAGCUAAGCUGCUUUGCUACUUUUAGCCACUCAGAGCUCCGAGGAGGGCCGGGAGAGUUGGAGGGGCCGAGUUGGAACUACGGGAGAGGGGUGUGUUGAAUACAGCGAGGUGAUGGGAUGGAGAGGCGGGGCAGGAGAUUUACGAAUAGGAACUGUCCGGGACAGAUGGCUCCCAUUGGUCAAUGUUUUGCCAGAUUAACGAGGUUCAUAAUAAUUACCAAUCUCUCCAACCGUCAACCGUACCUUUAAUGUUGCUGAGUCAAGAUGUCAGAGGCAAGGGCCAGAUUCACUAACUGCAUUGUUGUUAGAUGCAGCUUGCUAUUGUGACCAUGGUUGUAGCACUUCGACGGUAGUGCCCCCUGUCUGGGUCAGUUUCUGGAUCAUAUGUAUAGUGUUGAGGCAUGGGUUCUUCUGGAUUGUGGAAGUAAAUUAGGGUUUUUCUUUCUCUGCACUGGACUACACCCUCCACCCUAAUACAACAAUCAGGCAGCCAAUCAGUGCAGCACUGUAUUAGCAUCCCACACCAAAGAUGAGGGUAGAAACUGAGAGGCUGCAAAUGACACAGCGACUGAAUUUGUGACAGUUUUUGUUUGCAGUGACUUUUAAAACUUUCUUAAAAGACAACUUGGACAUGCUGUAAUGAGCUCAAUACCAGUGUCUGGGACCUAUAAAGAGUUUUCUCUGCUCCUUCCUCCAGGCUGCACGGAGGUACUGUCCUCACCAUGUGGGCCAUUACCUAGGCAUGGAUGUGCAUGACACUCCUGAACUUUCUCGCUCUCAACCUCUACAGCCAGGAAUGGCCAUCACAAUUGAACCAGGUACAAAACUGGGCUUUAAAUUUGUUCUCUCAUCAUGCAGUUGUGCAUGAGGUGCAAUUGGCACACCAACCCUCACAGAUCCUCUAUUAGGACAUUAUUUAUACCUCACUCUCUUCUGUUUGAUCUCUUACUUUUUCACAGGGUUGUAUAUCAGUGAGGACAAUGACGAGGCACCAGAGCGUUUCCGUGGGUUGGGCGUCAGGAUUGAGGAUGAUGUGGUGAUCCGAGACAAGGGAGGUCCCCUGAUUUUGUCCUCUGAAGCACCAAAGACCAUCACUGAUGUGGAACGAGCCUGUGCUCAGAGAUAGAACAGGAAGAAAGAGCAUAUACAUGGUGUUGACAUUGUCAGGCUUUGAGCCCAGGUACAUGAGAAGUUGGAGCACACUAUAAGAGUCUGGUCACCAUCUCAGGAAAGCCUGAAGAAAUUAUUUAAGUUGCUGUAGAAGACCAUAGAUUUUGCAGAAGUGUUUCUACAAAUCAGAGCUAUGGUAAUGUGACACAAAGACCAAUUCUGAUUCUGUACAGUUCAUCCAUGAAGCAGUGUGAUGGUGCUAUGAAUAGAUUAAAACAACCCAUGAUUAUCAUAGAAACUUAAAAACAACAGAUAACCUCUUCCAUCAAGUAAACUGAAGAGGCAGAUGCUCAACCCAGCAAUCAUGUAAGUCAAAGAUUCAAGUGUUUUUAGAGCCAACAUACUCACACUUUAUCUUUUAACAGUGCAGAGCCUCAAAACUGUAAGUGCUGACAUGAACUCAGUGUCCUGUGGGGCAGUUAAGAAAGAUCAUUGAAUGCAGGAUUUAUAGACCACUACGUUUGUUUUCACAGUAGAUGAAUAAAAAUGAUUCUUUCAUUUGUGAAGGUGUUGUUUGGGGGACUUUUUAUUUCAGAUGGAAAAAUAUUGUGUCUUUGGAAAAAUAAAUUGUUCUUAUAUAUUCUGAGAGUAUUUCAUUAUACCCUCUGUAAUAACUAAUAAACGGUACUAGUUUUACCAAAUUCUGCAGGUGACAUCAUAUGGAAAAGUUGUUUUGUUUCAAUUAGUGUCUGGAUUGAUUGAUAUGGACAACUCAAAAUGAAAAGCCUAUUUCUGUUCACUAGUUUCAACCAACUAUGCUUAACCCUUGUGCACCCCUUAGGACUGUUUUGGUCCUUCGUAACUAUACUUUUGUGGAUAAUUUUGGCUGUGAUGAUGCAACUGGCAUGAAAGUUUGUACCGAAACAGUCCCAUUGACUCCCAUUAAAACAUGUUUUCUUCAAUACACUGCCAAUGCAGUAUAA